ACGCCUUCUGCUUUUCGAACGAGAACGGGGAAUUCUCUCUCUCUGCUCUGUCUCCGCCUCUCUCCUCUUUUUACGCGCGAGUGUAAGAGAAUCAGCGUUUAGAGAGAGAGAAAGCGGGGUUUUAGGGUUUCGAUCGAUUCGAUCCUUCUCCAUUUCGAUUCCAGAGGAAUUUCUUGUGUCCAUUAUUGGCUUUGGUAAGAAGUAAGGUCGACUGAGAAGGGACUAACUUGGGCAGACUUGAUGGAUUUGGAAUCUAGAUUUUUUGACAUAGUGAAUCAGUUUGAUUACUUUAGCCCGAAAAUUCUCGGAUGGCUUGUGACUGGAACAUUUGGUUUGUUUGCCAUUAUCUAUACGUUCCUUAGACUGCAGAGGGAGGCAUCGUUGAAUUGGGUCAAAGCUGCUGCGAGAGAAAAGAGGAAAGUGUGGAAGAAAUUAAAAUGUCCCAUCUCUAAUCAUUCUUGGAUUGAGGAUAAUGUUUGCAGUGGGCAGUCUUCAACUUGUUGUGUAUGCUUAUCAUCUUUGGUAUCUCCACAAGCUGGAGGCACAAAAGGAAGCUGCAGCGUUCGUCUUCACAGGUGUUCAGUUUGUGGUGUGGCGGCUCAUGUCUACUGUUCACAAUAUGCAACGAAGGAUUGUAAGUGUGUAGCUCAGGCGGGUUCAACUGAAUUGUUGCAUCAUUGGUCAGAGAGAUGGGUUGAGUUGGAUGAGAACCCUGAGACAUCUUCCUUUUGCCAUUACUGUGAUGAAAUGUGUGGUAUAGCUUUUAUUGGUGCCUCUCCUACUCCUGUAUGGCGAUGCUUGUGGUGUCAGCGACAUAUACAUGUAGAUUGCCAUGCCAAAUUAUUAAAAGAGACUGGUAAUGUUUGUGACCUUGGGCAACUUAGAAGGCUUAUUCUGUCCCCUCUCUCGGUGAAAGAAGUAAAUGAAAGAGGUGCAACUGGGGGUGUGUUGAAUUCUAUUAAGGAAGGGAUCAUUGCUUCGUCAGUGAGGAGUCGUAUGAGAAAACGGCGUAACCGUAAUAAAUCCGGAAGCAACCAAACUUCACUACCUAACGGUAAAUUGCAGAAUGGUUCAGAUAACAACUCGACAAUUCAAUCUGUGCUUAAGGGGCUUGUUUCUCUGGACAAGUCAUUCAAUGAAAAGAACAGUGGUAAUCUUUUGAAGCAAGACAGCGGGCUAUCAAGACUUAAAUUUGUUGAUAAUGAUGCCAACUGGAAGAAUGGAAGCACUAUGGCUGCUGCUAACAGAAAGAAAUACGAGAUAGUUAAUAUGCCACAAGAUGCAAGACCACUCCUAGUUUUCAUUAAUGCAAGGAGUGGUGCUCAAAGUGGACCUUCUCUUCGGAGACGGAUGAAUAUGUUGUUGAAUCCUGCACAGAUUUUUGAAAUUGGUGCUUCUCAAGGGCCUGAGAUUGGUCUAGAAAUGUUCCGUCAUGUGCAAUACUUUAGGGUUCUAGUAUGUGGUGGGGAUGGUACUGUGGCAUGGGUUCUUGAUGCAAUUGAACAGGCAAAUUUUGAAUCUCCCCCACCUGUUGCUAUACUUCCUUUGGGAACAGGGAAUGACUUGUCCAGAGUGUUGCAAUGGGGAGGUGGUUUGUCUUCUGUUGAGGGACAGGGUGGUUUAGGUGGACUUCUGCACGAUAUUGACCAAGCUGCUGUGACGAUGCUAGAUCGUUGGACUGUUGAUAUAGAGGAAAAGAACACAGAGCCUGGUCAAGAUAAGAAACAAGUGAAGUUCAUGACAAACUAUCUUGGUGUUGGAUGUGAUGCGAAAGUUGCAUACGACUUUCAUACAAUGCGUGAAGAAAGACCUGAUAAAUUCUGCAGCCAGUUCGUUAACAAAUUGCGGUAUGCCAAAGAAGGUGCCAAGGAUAUUGUGGACAGGACUUGUUCAGACUUGCCAUGGCAAGUGAGUCUUGAAGUUGAUGGCAUUAAUAUUGAAAUUCCUGAGGAUGCUGAAGGUGUGAUUGUGCUCAACAUUGCAAGCUAUAUGGGAGGUGUAGAACUUUGGCAAAAUGAUUAUGAGCAUGAUGACGAUUUUGGCCUCCAAUCUAUGCAUGAUAAAACACUCGAAGUUGUCUGCAUAUCAGGAACAUGGCAUCUUGGAAAACUUCAAGUAGGACUUUCACAAGCUCAGAGGCUGGCCCAAGGGAAAGUGGUGAGAUUGCACAUUCACACCCCAUACCCUGUUCAGGUUGAUGGGGAACCAUGGAUCCAACAACCUGGCUGUCUGGAGAUCACCCAUCAUGGACAGAUGUUCAUGCUAAGGAGAGCGUCUGAGCAGCCCACAGGGCACGCUGCAGCAAUCAUGACGGAAGUUUUAUUAAAUGCAGAAUGCAGUGGUCUCAUCAGUGCAGCUCAGAAGAAAUUACUUCUCCAACAAGUGGCUCUCCGUCUCUCAUAACCUCUUCUAAUUCAAGUUAUCCUUCUCUCAUCUUGUAAUAUCUUACAGUCCAAAGGAAAGAAGUAGCGUAUCACUAGGUGCACCACGGUUUCUACACUAUUUUGGUACUAUAAGACACAUGUUUCCUUUGAAAAUAGAGACGCAUGCGCCCUGCUUGUGUUUGUCGGGUUAAAGUAGUAUAGGUUUUGUUGUGCAUUUGACAUUACCCGAAAAAGUGUCAUUUCGGCUCAAAGAAGAUGUUGUAGAAACGAAAGAUUUUGUUUUCUGCUCGACCUUUUUCUGUUACAGAUAGUCCGAUAUACGUCAAAUGUAAUACUGUUUUUAGUGAAGCGAAUGUAAGGAUUCAUGUAAGAUUUAAGCAAAAGUUUUGAGUUUUGUAAAAUAGAUACGAAGAAUACAGAAUAUUAAUGGAUACAUUGAGGGGAAGAAAAUUUGAGGAAAGAUAUGCCAAUUUGUCAA